GCGCAAGCGCAGAUGUCUUCAAGAUGGCGGCGGCGGCGGCCGCACGCGCCGUGUCUGUGGGCCCGGGGCUCCGGGGCGUGCAGCGGACACUGCCGCUUGUAGUGAUUCUCGGGGCCACGGGCACCGGCAAGUCCACCCUGGCGUUGCAGCUCGGCCAGCGGCUGGGCGGCGAGGUCGUCAGCGCCGACUCCAUGCAGGUUUAUGAAGGCCUAGACAUCAUCACCAACAAGGUUUCUACCCAAGAGCAGAGACUAUGCCAGCACCACAUGAUCAGCUUUGUGGAUCCUCUUGUGACAAAUUACACAGUGGUGGACUUCAGGAACAAGGCAACUGCUGUGAUUGAAGAUAUAUUUGCCCGACACAAAAUUCCUAUUGUCGUGGGAGGAACCAAUUAUUACAUUGAGUCUCUACUCUGGAAAGUUCUUAUCAGUGCUAAGCCCCAGGAGAUGGGCACUGAGAAAGAGUUUGACCGGAAAGUAGAGCUUGAAAAGGAAGAUGGCCAUGUACUUCACAAACGCCUAAGCCAGGUGGACCCAGAAAUGGCUGCCAAGCUACACCCACAUGACAAGCGCAAAGUGGCCAGGAGUUUGCAAGUGUUUGAAGAAACGGGAAUCUCUCACAGUGAAUUUCUUCAUCGUCAACAUGCAGAGGAAGGUGGUGGUCCCCUUGGAGGCCCUCUGAAGUACCCUAACUCUUGCAUCCUCUGGCUUCAUGCUGACCAGUCAGUUCUAGAUGAGCGCUUGGAUAAAAGGGUGGAUGACAUGCUUGCUGCUGGGCUCUUGGAUGAACUGAGGGAUUUUCACAGACGCUAUAAUCAGAAGAAAAUUGAAGAAAAUAGCCAGGACUAUCAACAUGGUAUCUUCCAAUCAAUUGGCUUCAAGGAAUUUCACGAGUACCUGAUCACUGAGGGAAAAUGCACACCAGAGACUAGUAACCAGCUCCUGAAGAAAGGUAUUGAGGCCCUGAAACAAGUGACUAAGAGAUAUGCCCGGAAGCAAAACCGAUGGGUUAAAAAUCGUUUUUUGAGCAGACCUGGUCCCGGUGUCCCCCCAAUAUAUGGCUUAGAAGUAUCUGAUACCUUGAAGUGGGAGGAGUCUGUUCUUGAACCUGCUCUUGAAAUUGUGCAAAGUUUCAUCCAGGGCCGUAAGCCUGACGCUGCUCCAGUAAAGAUGCCAUACAGUAACACGGAGAACAAGAGAAGUUCUCACAUGUGUGACCUCUGUGGUCGAAUCAUCAUUGGGGACCGUGAAUGGGCAGCACAUAUGAAAUCCAAAUCCCAUUUACACCAACUGAAGAAAAGAAGACGAUUGGACUCAGAUGCCUUCACCACCAUAGGAAGUCAGAGUAUUUCCCCAGACCGUGACAAAGAGCUUGAAGAGAAGGGAUCCGUAGGGCAGAAUGAUGAAGACCUGAAAUCUAGUGUUUAAGGGACAUGUCCAGUGGUCUUUGCAAAAGUGGCAGGGAUCUGGUUCAGGGGGAGGGUUAGUCUGUGCCCCAGUCUGGGCGGAGGACCGCUAUGCAGAAAGCUCCCGCCAUUUUCUUUCAUUCAGUGGUGUGGUUUCAAAGUGUCAUGUUCUCUGUCAUGGAAACAGCAGGUCUUGUCAGCUCCUGUGUGGCCGAUGUGUCUGGCAAUGUGAGUUCAGGAAGGGAUUUUUUUCUUUUAACCUUAAAGGUUCUAUUUUUAAAAGAGGGACAGAUUGCACUUUUUCACACUGGAGGGGCUCUUUUUGCUGAUGAAUGCCAGGAUUCACUAUAUCCCUUAAAAAAUGAGUUUUAUGUCCCUGACUUUGACUAAAAAUAUCGAUAACUUCCAGACACUUUUAUAGAUGACCAAAGGAUUGUGCGCCCCACAAAUCAGGAGUUUUGGAUUUGAGUGAAUGGCAGGAAAGGACUGGCCCCAGUUAGAUGAUUAGGUGAACCAAACCAGUUCUUGGAAUUCCAUAGAGGAGAGAAUCAGACCAAGGUGGCUGUGACAUGGGAUUUGAAAAACGAAGGGCAUCAAUAUUUAUUGAGGUCCUCUUGUGUGGUAAUUACUGUGACUACUGUCUCUAUUGAGUUAGGAAUCUACAUUUUAUCUAUUUUUUGUUUUUUUAUUUCUAGGAAUCUACAUUUUAAAUAAAGAAAAAGUUUGAAAGAGUCUCUUUAGUCCUUAAAAAGAUAUAUAUGUAUAUAUCUAGUUUAUAUACAGUCUGAUUUGUUACCAACAGAUGGCUUUUUCUCAAAUUUGACAUUCUUCAUAUGAUCACACUGUCUGUUCAUUUUAUUAGAGAUUUAAGUUAUCACCAGUUGAAGCUCUCUUUUUGGAAUGACCUGAGCUGCCAACAAUGUUACGUGUAUGUAUGUAUGCAUAUAACAUAAAGUUAAGCAUUUUUAAGUUUAUAUUAA